AUGGUAUUCAUGAAAUCGCCCUGGACUUUUGUGGCUGCGCUUCGGCUCAGAUUCGGGUAUAAUAAACAAUUGUUACGUAUGCGGUGGUAUCCAGCCACAGUCUCAGAGCCUCGAACUGCAGCAACCUUUACGGUUCUGCAGCAUUUUCAUAUUCUAUCCUUUGAAAGCAAGGUAUCUGCUUACGAGUUCUACCAGUCGCUCGCAAGGCGCACCGACAAUUCAGGGUUAGUAGCAAUCAGGGAUCGUUAUUCCGCUUUCAUGCGGAUGGUACGCCAAUGGCGUAACCUCAAGCACUUUCCCGCGGAGGAAGGGGGACACGACCCCGCUGGUGUCAAUUGCUACUGCCCGAAGGAGAACUGGGAGAAGGAGCCUCUAUUUACCAGAUGGAAAUAUGCGCUGUUUGUUGCAAUCGAUGCGAACUUUAGAUUGAAGCGCAAGGCGGUGUCUUCUGACACUGCUGACCCUAGCCUUAAUGCUGGAUGGGCGUAUUUUGUGCACGAAGACUCAUACAAAUCUUACCUUGCAGAUCGUGCUUCCGACAAGCAAGAGCGAAGCACGUGUGUAAGCCACAAUGCAGUUAACAUGGCGGAUACCAAGUCCUCCCGUGGGCUUGCUGCAACAGGAGUUGGGACGAUCGACUGCGCAAGGCACGAUAUGAAGCUCCCAAACGGAGUUGGAGACCUGCAGAAGGGUGAACGGUACAUUAAUAUGGACUAUAUCAUGUGUUCUGCGCUCUUCAUCCUCGCGAUGUCCAUGAUCAACAUAUCCUACGACAUCGCCUGCCAGUGGCACAAGAGACUCUGGACUCGAAUGGAAACAAUGCCGGAACGACUUUCUCCCCCCCGCGAAUCUUCCCUCAUACAUUUUUUUGUGCCGAAGUUCCACAUCCAGGCCCACAUCGAUAAGUGUCGCACCAAUUUCUCUUUCAACUGGUCGAGGUACGUGGGCCGAACAGACGGCGAAGCCCCUGAACGGGGCUGGUCCAAUAUAAACCGAGUGGCAUCAAGUACCAAGGAAAUGGGACCGGGAGCACGCCGGGACACUCUUGAUGAUCACUUCGGUGAUUGGAACUGGAAAAAAAUUACAGCAUUAGGGCGGACAUUGCAUAAGAAGAUGAUUGAAGCUGUAAAGUGGACGAAGGAGCACUCCGAAGCCCUCUUGGAACUGGAGAAGACUAUUCAGCCGGCUCUUAUCGCGCAGUGGAAGGCAGAGGUGGAAUCCUGGGAGGAGGAUAACUCCUCUCCGAACCCCUUUGAAAGCCGGUUUAACCCGGUUACACAGGCAUCCGUACGACUACAACUCACUGAGCUUGAAGCUCAAGACCUUCAAGCUGGAAUCAAUGUCUCACUUCACACCGAUGUCUCUCCAAGCGGAUUGAUUACAUCGGGCAUGGAUCUCGAGGAUCAACAGGCACGCUUAAGAUCCAGUCUUGCCAAUGUGUCCCUCCACGACACCGACAAUCAGAAGGCCAUAACACAAACUCAAAUCGCCUCCCUCCAACGACGGCUUGAUGCCUGGGCCCGCAUCCAGGAGCUAUACAUGCCGGUUGUCUGUCAACUCCGGCAUCGAUCAUCAGAGGCUAGUGGGAGGCCACAGGAACUCAAACCUGAAGACUUCAACCUGUGGCUCCCUUCGCAACUUCCAGCUGGCACCCCCGUAGACCUGACGCUCGCUGGCCACGAGUGGGAGCUACGCUACGCGCAGGCCCUCGAUGCCCUGAACGAAGUUCGUUCCCACCUCCGGCUUCGAUCCCACAUGUACAAGUACAAGGAUAAAAAUGUCCGUGGUCAAGCGGGUUCCACUCGCGCCAAGAAAAUCAUUGAUGCCGUGGAAUCGAGGAAGCACGCCAGUGUAUUGAAGUACAGACGUGCGCGCAGUGCCCUGCUGUCUCUUGGCCACCGUCUGGAGAAGUGCGGUUGGGAGCUCACCAUGCGCCCACUUCUUGACUCCGAUGUUAAGCCUAUGGGUGACAUGGAGCAGCAAGGGAGAGGAACCAUCUCCUGGAUUUGGUUAGACUCCCGUGCUGAUAACAGCUGUACAGAAAAUGAACGCAUACAGGAUUGUGUCCGCUUGGAAUGGUGCAAGGCUCGUGCCCGCGCACACCGGUGGUCGGAGGAGGUGGAGUUAUUGCUAGAAGAGAUGAGACGAGUGCUGGUGUUUUUGAGAUGGCAAGGGUCCUGGUGGAAGGAGCGCAUAACUCUCCGAACGCUCAACUCAGCACCUGCACAAGAGGGACUGUCAGCGCUGUGGAGUGAUGUGCCUACCCUUGUCUCUGGUGGUGUCCUGAUUCCAGAGAGCGGAGAGGUAGAUACACCUACUAUUGACGCUCCCUUGCAGUUAUAA